CCUCGACGUGCCGGGCAUAUUCUCUCUCUCUUGCCUUCUCCCUCAUCCCUUUUUUCAUGGGACGGAGAAUAUUUUGGGCGAGGCGGGAGAGAACUUAACGGCGUUAUUUUCGUCGGGCGCGGGGCGGGAGCUCCACCGUUCUUCCUCCAUCGGGUCGCCCUCCGUCGACGAUCAAUUUUUUCUUGAUCUCUCUCCAAUUCCGUUUUUGUUGUGCUAGAUCUGCAGAUCUGAGUUGUUCAUAUCGCCCAUGUCGUCAAGAUCGUGUCAGAGAUGAUGCAGUAGAAAGUGGGGACUUCAAUGGACCAUAUGGGGAAGGCGGUUCUCUACUGAGGUUGUCGGUCGGCUUUGUCACGGGGAUCGGAUCAGCUACAUUCAAUUAUGGUAGAACAAAUUGGAAGAGGAAUUCUCUUUGAGUCGGGUUUCCUAUGAACCCUCUAGUUGAUAAAACCAGCUUUCCUGGUUUAUCUGACUGUCCAAUAGGGAGAUGGGAAAAUUUGUGACCUUAAAGAAAUUAGCCCCACGGUGGUUGCUCCAAGUGUGGUAAAUGGUAACACCAAAAUGGAUGCUAAUGGCAAUUUACCUGAACCAAGAGCUUCAAGGCGAUACAGCAAUGCAGAGAUGGGGACUAAUUCUAAUCAGCUGUCGGAAGUGGUGGACUGGUUUAAUGGACUGUUUCUUACUCUGAGGAUUCCGGCUGAUGCUUCUGAAGAAGAUUUGAGAAGGCAUUUGGCUGAUGGGUCUGUCUUGUGUGCCGUCCUGAGGACACUAAAUCCUGACCUGAUCCCAGAGGGAAAUUUGAAUUUGGAGCCAGAAACCCAAACGAAUGUUGAUUCACUGCAGUUUGCUGGUUUCUCUCUUAAGCAGAAGCGUGAAAAUGUUAAGAAGUUUCUUUUGGCAGUGGAUGACCUUGGUUUACCAAAGUUUGAGCUUUCAGAUUUAGAACAGGGCUCAAUGACUGCUGUUGUCGAGUGUCUUCUGAGUGUCAAGGAUCAUUUUGCAUCAAAUGGUGGUGGCCAGCAUUGGAGAAGGUUGUCACUUUCAGAAGAAAGGCCAUGUGCUGCAGAUGGUUGCCAUGGAGACCGCACUAAUUUGCAGAGUUUGCUGCUCAAUGGAGAGGAAAAGCAAACCCAUUGCUCCGAUUCCAGAUUUCAGAAACUUACAGAAGGUCCUGCUGUGAAAGAACCAUCUUCAGAAUGGCUGCAUCGUGUUGGGCAAAGGUUGAAUGAAGUUCUUCAACUGAAUGGACACCAACUAGAUGCUUCUGCAGUGAAAAGUUCCGGAAUGAUGAAUUUGAACACUUUAGAUAAUGCUCCGACGCAGUCCAUUUUAGGUCUUGUAAACGCAAUUCUGGGAGAGAAGUUGGGGGAAGUUUCUCCGCAAAUAAACAGUUUACUGAGAAAACUUAUGCAAGAAAUUGAACGGAGGUUGGCAACCCAAGGGGAACAUAUAAAGAAACUAAAACUUGCCCUUAAAGAGGUUCUUGCACGUGAGGAAAGAUUGGUUUCCAGAGCUGGCGUACUCGAGACUCUUGCAUCUGGGACAAGUGAAGAAAUCAAGAUUGUCUCCCAUCAGCUUCAAAAGAUAAAGACAGAGAAGAGCGACUUGGAGGAGAAACAUAAACUUGAGGAACAGGAUGUGCUUAGACUAAUGAAUGAGAAACGAGGCACUGAACUUGCAAUUUCAUCUUUGACUGAAGAACUUGAAAUGACUAAAGGGACAUAUGAGCAGCGUUACUUGCAGUUAGAAGCCCAGAGGAAAGGUGCUAUACAUGAGAUGGAGAAGAAAAUAAAGCAGCUUGAGUGGCAUCUAGAAGAGUCAAAAAGAGAAGUGGAAGAGCUUGAAGCUCUUUCUGAAUCGAGAGUUCAAGAAUGGAAACUAACAGAGCUUCACUAUAAAAUGUUUAUCGACAACCAUCUUCAAUCCCUUGAGGACAUAAGGUUAGUUUCACAAGCUGUAAAGAAGGAAAUUGUUGAUACACAAAAGGACUGGAUGCAAGAAAUUAAUAACCUAGGUGUCAAUCUCAAAGGCUUGGCUGAUGCAGCACAAAACUACCAUAUUGUUCUUGAUGAAAAUAGAAAGCUGUAUAAUGAAGUUCAAGACUUAAAAGGAAAUAUUAGGGUAUACUGUAGAGUAAGGCCAUUCCUGGCUGGCCAGGCUGGAAAGCAAACCACCAUUGAGUAUAUUGGAGAAGAUGGUGAAUUGCUUGUUUCAAAUCCAUCCAAACCGGGAAAAGAUGGUCAAAGGAUGUUCAAGUUCAACAAGGUGUAUGGUCCAACAACUACUCAAGAGGAGGUAUUUAUGGACACACGGCCGCUUAUACGAUCUGUCCUUGAUGGCUUUAAUGUUUGCAUUUUUGCUUAUGGUCAAACUGGUUCUGGGAAGACCUUUACAAUGAGUGGACCAGAUCCAUCUUUGGAGGCAUCCUGGGGAGUCAACUAUCGAGCACUAAAUGACCUUUUCCUCAUUUCCCAGAAAAGAAGAAGCACCUACACAUAUGAAAUUGGAGUUCAGAUGGUUGAAAUAUACAAUGAACAAGUGCGUGAUCUUCUUAUAAGUGAUGGUCCCCAGAAGAGACUUGGGAUUUGGAGCACAUCGCAACCCAAUGGGUUAAGCGUUCCUGAUGCAAGCAUGCAUCAGGUUGAUUCAACCAGUGAUGUGCUUGCACUAAUGCAGAUUGGUCAGAUGAACAGGGCUGUAGGUGCAACUGCCUUGAAUGAGAGGAGCAGCCGGUCGCACAGUGUCCUUACAGUGCAUGUUCGAGGGACAAAUUUGGAAACUGGUGUUGCUUUACGGGGUUCACUUCAUUUGAUAGACCUUGCUGGAAGUGAAAGGGUUGAGCGCUCAGAAGCUACAGGAGACAGACUUAGAGAAGCACAGCAUAUUAACAAGUCUUUGUCUGCUCUUGGAGAUGUUAUACAUGCACUAUCUCAAAAGAACUCUCAUGUACCAUUUAGAAACAGUAAACUUACUCAGAUUCUACAGGGUUCUUUAGGUGGUCAAGCUAAGACUCUUAUGUUUGUGCAACUUAAUCCUGAUAUAGAGUCAUAUUCUGAGACUAUUAGUACCUUAAAGUUCGCUGAAAGAGUGUCAGGCGUUGAGUUAGGGGCUGCCAAGAGCAACAAAGAGAGCAAAGAUGUUAGAGACCUAAUGGAACAGGUGUCACAACUCAAGGAUCUAGUUGCAAACAAGGAUGCAGAAAUUGAACGGUUGCAGUCUCUCAAAGAUCAGAGGGUAUUCUCACCUGGAGUUUCAAUGGGAAGGCGACGCUCGAACUCUCCUAAACAUACAUCAUCUUUGUCUCCUAGGUCAACUCUAGGAGGCUCUAGUAGUCGGGUUCGAAGAUCUUCCACUGGAAACCUGAAUAGGCCUCUAUCAAGUUCCUCUCUGUGUGAUGCAGCGGCAGCAGCAGCCCGGAGAAAGGCAGCUUCUGAUUUGGAUAACUAUUCUGAGUAUAGUGACAAGCAUUCAGAGGCUAGUUCACAGCAGUCUUUUGAUGACUUUAGAGGUCAAAAAGAACAUUACCAGCAGCCCCAGCACGUUACCAUGUAUCCAAAUCAAACUACUUCAGCUGAUGUUGAGCUUUUAGGAAUUGGCGAUGGUGACUUGGAAGAGAGAUUGAGUGAUAUAUCCGAUGGAGGUCUCUCUAUGGGUACAGAGACUGAUGGCUCAAUGUCCAGCAUAGUGGAGCUUACCCUUUUCCCAGAAGCUGCUAAAAAUUCAAAUAGUGAGAAACAGUCAAAAGUCCCAUCAAGCAUUCCUCGUCCACCACCCAAACCGAGGCAAUCAGUAACUACUCGUCGACAGUCUGUGACCACAAAUUCCAUGAGGGCAUCCACCAGUUUGCGAAGAUCAAUUGUUAGUCAGAAACCAGCAACAACCCCAAAACCACCUCCUAGAAAAUGGCAAUGAGAGUGUUAUUUAAUUUGUAAUCUGGUGGAAGAGACCAACAUCAUGGCAGCAGGUAGUUUCAGUAACGCAAGUUUUCCAUACGGUUCAUGAAUACUGAACCUUUUUCUACGUGUCUUCUUAUUCAGCAUAUGUCUGGUUCAUGAAACUGAACCUUUUUAUAGGUGCCUUCUAACCUAGAUGUCCUGCUUUGAAGCCCAAAUUCUGUCUGGAAUAUAACCUAUCCCCAAUUGCAGCCUUAUCUGUCAGUUGGAACGGUACAUCAUUCCUGUUCUUCCAUCUGAACUGUUCACGAGAGGUCACUUUGCUCUGUUUCAGCAAGGGAACCCUGUUCCUUGGUUACGGAGUCUCAAUGCUGGACAUGCGCCUCCACUUCAAGUCUCGUCUGCCUGCUGCAUUCAGUGCAUUCAUGUCCAUGUAUUCUGGAAUUCCCUCCCGACUUGUGAUUCUGCAGGUUUUUGCUUAAGAUUAAUAGCUGAUAGGUGAGCAGAUGUAUACGAGGUUGUGUUUCACUAUGCAUAAUAUACAGCAAUUGUUAAGGUGAGGUUUACAACAGUCUAUAUCUUGUCUACUUUUGCAUGCUGCUGCACCUCAUAGUUCACCAGUCCCCAGUUACUCCACCCGAAACUGAGUCGAUCUCUCAAUCUUGGUGUCAAUGCGUGUUUUCUUUGGAGGUGUGGGGGUGGGAGCGCAGAAGGGACUUUCAUUUGCCUUAGAAGCAUACAUUAGGAGUGGGUUUUAGUUGAUUGUCAUUUCUUAAUACUAAGAUGCAAGAACUCCACUAACAUCUAUUUAAUGAAUAUUCACAUGGGUUGAUGUUUUUCA